UCGGAGCUGGUAGAGCCGAAGCGGGAACUCCUUGAGGACGGCGCUGGCGCAUCUGUCCCUCGGGACUGACCUCCCUUUCCUUUCAGGUUUUAAGUCCCGGAGGAUACAAUGUUCGCUAAACUCUUCCAGCAGUGGAGUUUCGCAGUGUUCCUGCUGAGUUAUUCCGUGCCCUCCUACGGGAGAUCAGUAGAGGGGUUCAGCCGCAGACUCAAAAGAGCUGUAUCAGAGCACCAGCUACUGCAUGACAAGGGCAAGUCAAUCCAAGACUUACGAAGAAGAAUAUUUCUUCAAAAUUUAAUCGAAGGUGUCAACACUGCAGAGAUCCGUACAACAUCAGAGGUGUCACCUAACCCUAAACCUGCUACCAACACGAAGAACUAUCCUGUCCGGUUUGGCAGUGAAGAUGAGGGCAGAUACCUAACUCAGGAGACAAACAAAUCACAGACCUACAAGGAGCAGCCCCUGAAGGUGUCAGGGAAGAAAAAGAAAGCAAAGCCUGGAAAACGUAAGGAACAAGAGAAGAAAAAGAGGCGAACCCGCUCAGCUUGGCUAAAUUCUGGCAUGUAUGGAGACAUCAUGACCGAGAGCCCACUUUUGGACAUCUCUGUUACUACACAUAAUCACACUUUAAGGAGGUGCUGACAUCUUCAGCAAGAGAUAUUUGGAGGACAUAUUGCAGUAUUCUGUAAUAGUGAAUAUAUGGGAAGUAUUAAAAUAUUUAUUAUCUGUAAAUAUUGUAAAUGCUCAGAAUGAAACCUUUUUCCCCUCAUUGC